AUGAGAGAACGAUCAGAUGCUAGCUAUCACCCUGCUACUUUCCAAGCUCCGAAUCUGAAAGAUCAAAAAUCAUUUACCUUUCCAGCAAACUAUACGGGUGAGCCAGCACCUCUUGUCAAAGAGACAGGAGUAAAGCAGAGACCUGUAGAUACAAAUAAGCGUAAGGAUAAUGCGAAGAAGAAGCAAGCUCCCAAAACAAGUAAUGCAGAUACUGGUGGCAGCUCUCGGGGCGAAGAUCGAAUUGAUCGUAUAGAUUUUGCACACAAUAAGAAAGCUUCUAAAACAAGUAACCCGCAUGUUCGAGGAAGCUCUCGAAAUGGUGGUCUCGGUGACCUAAACAAGCCAGCGAAAAAGGCUAGAAAGAAUACCGUCAAGAAGGGAGACGAUGCAGCGGGGAAGAGAAAUGGCUCUCGAUUUGGAGGUGUCUUUUCUAGUCUCAAGUCGACAAUGACGAGAGAUUGA